AUGGUGACUAUGCCGAAAGAGACAGUUAUGGCAAUUGAGGCCUACCGUAGUCAGGCUAAAUUGCUGGUUAAGAGUUACUUAUUUGCAGGUCCUUUUGUUGCAUACACUUCUGUCCUUGGCGGUGUAGUUGCUUGCAAAGUGGUACAUCCUCUUUACAACCUAAUAUAUAUGUCCUGGGGGGUGUCUUCAUUACACGCCAUCUUUAUAACAGCUUUGUCGUUGUACUUUGUAUUCUGGUCUGAUCUUUUUUCUGACAAAGUGCAUACUGGUUAUGUCACUCUACGAAGCUCACCGUUAUCCAUAUUUGGACUGGUAGUUUCUGUUGGAUACUUCCUUGCAGAUCUUGGGAUGAUUUUAUGGUUUUAUCCUUCUUUAGGUGGAAUGGAAUAUGUAAGUUCAGUUCUUUCUGUUGUUCAUCACUGUCUUUCUGCAAGAGCGGUUGCAUAUUCUAUGUUGUCCGGAGAAGGGCAGCUGUAUACAUACAUGUGCCUCAUCUCUGAAGUCACCAUGCCAGAGAUAAACAUGAGAUGGUAUGAAGCGUCAACUGCUUAUCUUGUAAAUGGUGUACUGAUAUUCCUCUUUUGGCUGAUUGCCAGAGUGAUGCUAUUCUUUUACAUCUUCUAUCACAUCAACAUGCACUUUGAUCAUGUGGGGGGAUCCGUUCUCCAUAUGAGAUGGUUUGGAUGCAUGGAGGUUGUGAUGGUGCCCUCGUCGUUGUUUAUAAUGAACUUGAUGUGGUUUGCCAAGAUCAUCAAGGGCUUGAUGAAAACUCUAGCCAAGAGGCAGUGA